UUGGACGGCAGAUUUUGAUGCUCACGUUAUGUGGAGAGCGGCCGCCGUUGAUCUUGGAAGCAUAGAGAGAGAAGCUGAGCGGAUUUGCCACGCGAUGAGGCAAUUCUAGCUCAAAAAUGGCAAUUGCUAAUCGUCAUGGGAACAGAAGGUAUAUUGGUUCGUCGAAACCUACAUGUGCGGUCUAGCCUUCAGUCUGGCCAUAUCCUCUGCCACCUUCGUCGUUAGCUACUCGCUAGUCGCCGAAAUAUUGCAAAAUGGCACCUCAUGCUGAGGAUCCUGGAUCGCUGGAGCAUCAGCCAUACUCAUCUGCUCCGCCAAAGACCAAGGCUAGGAACACCGUGCUCCCUUUCGACGAGGAGUCUACACCUAGUGCUACCAAGAUCGGAAAGAAGCUCUCAGAAACAUACGAACCAGGACAUGUACCGCCAGAACGCCAUGAACAUUAUGCAUACGACUAUCUUCGCCCUCGCUUUCCUGACGUCCAUUGGGACGAGCUGACAGAAAUCCCCCAUGAGGACAAAGGCGUUCUUGGCCAUCCGAGAUUUCGGAAUCUUCUUGAUGCUGCCGAAGAUGUAUUUGACUACAUACCAAAGAUAGGCACGGAAAUCACUGGCAUCAAGCUGACGCAGCUCACUGAUUCGCAAAAGUGUGAUCUGGCAAGGCUCGUGGCAACUCGCGGAGUUGUCUUCUUCCGCAAUCAAGAAGACUUCGACAUUGAGGCUCAAAGGGAGCUGGGAAAGUUCUUUGGCACGCUUCACAAGCAUGCUACAACUUCAAUGCCUCAGAGAGAAGGGCUUGAAGAUGUCCAUGUCAUCUACACGACAGACGAAUCACUGGACCAACGUGCUCUCUUUACUCCGACAUAUUUAUGGCACUCAGAUGUGAGCUAUGAAGUACAGCCUCCAUCGUAUACGUCUCUCAAAGUGUUGACCGGCCCCCCACGAGGUGGCGGAGGCGACACCCUCUGGUGCUCGCAGUACGCAAUCUACGACGUUCUGUCAGCACCGAUGCAGAAGUAUCUUGAAAGUCUCACGGCACUACAUUCGGCGGACGAGCAAGCCGAAGGAUCUCGCGCAGCUGGCAGACCAGUGCGGCGCCAACCCAUCACCACUGAACAUCCCUUGGUCCGCAUCAACCCCGUCACGGGCUGGAAAUCGCUAUUUUUCAACCCAGGCUUUGUCAUGAAGAUAGUCGGUGUCCCCAAGGCCGAGAGCGACGCCAUCAUCCGAUAUCUCAACGAACUCAUCACCACGACUCAAGAGGCACACGUGCGUUUUCAGUGGGGCAAGCAUGAUGUUGCGAUCUGGGAUAACCGGUGUACGAACCACACAGCUUCUUAUGGUUUUAUCCCGCACCGGAGACACGCCGUGCGGGUUACGGUGACUGCUGAGAAGCCGUAUGUUGAUUCGACUGGGAAGUCUCAGGAAGAAGAGUACAACCAGAAAUGGCGCCUACCACAGACAAACAAGGAUGGGUCAAGAAGAUCAAACUAUAAUGACUGACCAAGUGGUGAAGAUGUACAAGUACAGCUUGCCAACGGGCAUUUCUGAGAUUUGCAAGAUUUUUUGAAUGCCUACUUAUAUACUGGGUAGGUAAAGCAACUGUCUAUCUUCAUCCUUGGGGCUCAGGCUUGGCAAUAUGAGA